AAAAAUUCAAUAUUUUCAGACUUAUUCACAUUUAUCUAUAAAAUGACUGAGCCUGUUGCAGCUGUUGCCGGGGAGCCCGUCGUAGAGGAGGAGUUCUCAGUGGAGAAGGUUCUGGAUAAAAGAAUUGGAAAGAACGGAAAGAUUGAAUAUUUACUCAAGUGGAGAGGAUUCGGAGACGAUGACAACACAUGGGAACCAAAGGAAAAUUUGGACUGUCCGGAGCUUAUAGAGGCCUUCGAGGUUGCCAGAACAAAGAACUCGAAGAAGCCAGAGAAGAGGAAGAUCGCUGGGGGAGAACCAAAGGCAAAGAGGAAGGAAGGGGAGAGAGCUAGAGGAUUUGACAGAGGUCUUGAUCCAGAGAGAAUUAUUGGCGCCACAGAUUCCUCCGGAGAGCUGAUGUUCCUGAUCAAGUGGAAGAGCAGUGACGAGGCCGACCUCGUACCGGCCAGGGAGGCCAACGUGAAGUGUCCUCAGACCGUGAUCAAGUUCUACGAGGAGAGGCUGACCUGGCACACAUCAGGACAGGACGAAGACGAGUAAAGGACGGGGACAGGACUAGUUUUCCUUCAAACAAUAUUUCAUAAUACCGACUUUUCAUAAAGAGAUAAUAUUUUAAUUCUCAUUUUGUAUAUAUAGAAAUAUUUUUUUUAAGUUGAAACAUUUUUUAGAACGUGUUCAAAAUUAGUUGUGAACAUGACGAUUAUGCAAAUCUUCAAAAUUUCGGUACAAAUAC